GGCAGUCAGUCGUCGGGUUUCGCGUUCGCUUCGGCCAACCGUUUGGCCCGUAUUUUGGAGACCAAACGUCGCGGACAGUCGUCUUCCGGCGAUCCGAAGGUCGCGACCGGACGUAAGCGUACGGGCGGUGAGAAUCAGAUCAAACAGAAGAAGUAUCGCCACAGACCCGGAACUAUUGCCCUCAAAGAGAUCCGACGCUUCCAGAGGACGACCGAACUGUUGAUUCCUCGGCUGCCGUUUCAGCGAUUGGUCCGCGAAAUCGCCGCCGAAUUCAAAGACGAGCUUCUGUUCCAAUCGGCGGCCAUUUCGGCGCUUCACGAGUCGGCCGAAGCAUAUCUCGUCGGACUCUUCGAAGACGCGAAUCUCUGUGCCAUUCACUCCCGAAGAGUCACUGUUAUGCCCAGAGAUAUACAGCUCUCACGCCGUAUACGCGGCGAACGCAAC